GUUCACGGGGCGGGCGAGAGGAGCCGGCCGGGAGCGCGGAGGAGGCCGGUGCCAUCCACGCCCGCGGGCCCCGGGCCGCCCCGCCGCCGCCACCGGGCGCGCAGCACGGGAUGCUGGUGAGCGGCGGAUCGCUCUUCCCUCGGUGCGGCCGUGCCUCUGCCCGUGGGCGGCGGGGGGAGGCCGGGCGGCGCGGCAGCAGGAUGUCAUCGCCGUGCCGUCCCUCUGCUGUGCUGGUAGUCUUUGUGGCCCUUGCUGUCGGUGCGAGGGCCGACCAGGUGGAAGAGAAGACCUGCGAUGUGAUCGGUGAUGAGAGCAGCGAGUCCCAAAUGGAAAGAGCCCUGCUGAAGAAACUAGAACCCCUGAGCCAAAUGAGGUUUAACGUGACUGUGGAAAAAGGCAAAACAGAAAACUACGUCUACCAUUUCAGGGUGUGCAGGGAAGUCAACAGCAGCCAGCAUGAUUUUGGUGGCCUGGUGCAAACAGAUAGACGGAAUGGAAAGACUACAGUGAUAGGAAGAAUCAAUGAAACCCAGGUUUUCAAUGGAAGUGACUGGAUCAUGCUCAUUUAUAAAGGAGGUGAUUCAUAUGGCAGUCACUGCAGUGGUGAGAAGAGAAGAGCUGUGAUAAUGAUUUCUUGCAAGCGGGGAGUGACAGCGAGUUCAUUCAGCAUUAUUUCGGAAGAGCGGGAAAAGGAGCAGGAGUGUUUCUACCUCUUUGAGAUGGACAGCAGUUUGGCUUGUCCAGCUGAGGAUUCCCACCUCAGUGUUGGCUCCAUUCUACUGAUCACGUUUGCUUCACUAAUUGCAGUCUACAUCAUUGGUGGGUUCCUCUACCAGCGCCUUGUAGUGGGAGCAAAGGGCAUGGAGCAGUUUCCUCACUUUGCCUUCUGGCAAGAUCUGGGCAAUUUGGUGGCGGAUGGCUGUGACUUUGUCUGCCGAUCGAAGCCUCGCACCGCGCCGGCUGCGUACCGUGGUGUGGGUGACGACCAGCUGGGUGAGGAGUCAGAAGAACGAGAUGACCACUUGCUACCAAUGUGAUAGGGCUUUCAACACUUCCCAAUUCUUUUCUCCCCAGCGCUUCUUUAGCCAGGUGCCUCCCAGCCAGUUCUCUUUCUCUCACUUCUGAUUUCCUUUACACUCUUUGCUUUUGGCUCUCUCUGGUGUGUUCAAGUCCCAUGGAUGCCUCUGGGUGCGCUCAGCACUGGUCCCUGAUGGCAUGUCUUUGGAAUAUAAUGCAGCUUGAGGUUUUUUUUUUAAAAAGCAGCAGAGCUCUAGAGCUGGGGGGAGAGUGCUGAGAGUUGAGUAGAAGAUGGCAAGAAAGCAGUAUGAGCAUUCAGCACUGAGCAGGAAUGGGAGAUGAAUCACUGAGGGGGGAAAAAAAGGGCCAUGGAUGGGUGAAGAAAGGGGAAGGAAAAGGAGGCAGUGAGUUAAAACAGCUGAGAUGGUAGGAGGGAUCUUUUGUCUUUUUUUUUGUUUCCCCCCCCUUGGGUUUACAGGAUCUCUAAGACACUGGAAUUAUUUUUCUUUGAAUGCAUUUUCAGCUUUUCUAGCUUCUGCACUGUUACGCACUGUUUGGGCCAGCAUACCCUGCACAGAGCGCUCUAGGCCAGGCUCCAUGGGGGUGGAAGAAGCAUUGGCACCUCUGCAGUCUUUUCUUUUCCUACUGGCAAUAUGUUGAAGAGUACGCACCAGUUUCCUUCAACAGAUAUAAAGGGAUACGUGCCUUCCUCUCAGACUGGAGAGGGGCAAUGCUAAAAAACCAUAGGAGUUAAAUUUACAGUCUUGUGACUUUCCAGUUCAGUCAAAAUAUUGUCUCGGUCUUCUCAAUCCUUGAGAAGCAAAAGGAAAUGAUGUGCUGCUAAGUAAAGGGAAGGUUUGCUGAAACUGAAACCAAGGCAAAAUGAGAAAGGUAUCUGUCACUCCAGUUCUGUUCCAAGCUUCCCGAGGUGACUGCUCACGCAGCUCAGUCACCUCACUGUGAUUUUGUGCUCUCUGAAAGUUCCUUGUUUGGCAGAGGGUUUUCCUGUGAAGCUACCAGAAUAUUUAAUUAUUUUUUUUUUUUAUAAAAAAGGAAUCAUAGAAGCCGAGGACAAAAAUGCUACCACAUUAAAAAGUGCAUAAGGGACUCCCAGGCUUACAAGGUCAGCUUUCAUCAAUCACUAUCCCAUUAAGCAUCAUGUAGACCAGUCUUAAGAUACCUGCAGAUGGUACUUGCACACUGCUGCUGGCUGGGAGGGAGGGACAGACCUUCUCCUGGGGCCCUGGUGAAAAGCAGGUACGGCUGAGUUGUAAGACUUCAUUGGAACCCUCAGGAAUUUGGCACUUUGAUUCCUAACUGCUUGUGAUGUGAGGGGCUGGGCUCUAAGCAUUCUGCCCUGUUGUAGGCUGGCAGAGAACUGCCUUCAGUUUUGAGGCAGAGACUGUGAAUAAACAAGCCACUGCUGCUAACAGCAGAGUACAGACAAAGGUUCGUGUAUUUUUAAUACUGCCAAAGCAGUCCCAACAGUGACAUUGAGGGGGAAAAGGGGGUGGCCCUGCUUUCUUGCUGGGUUUAGAGUGGGCAAACAAUUCCUGCUUUCUUUGACUUUUGUUACGAUUUCAAUCUUUCUCAUGACAUGGGAAAAAUAGGAAGUCACCAAGUUUGUUGUUACUGUAUUUCAUGGUGGUGUUUAAGGUAAUUUUUUUUGUACAAAACACAACUUUCAAAAAAAAUAAAAUGACCAAAAAACCUGGUGAGGUGGUGUGCUGAUGUAACAAGAACUUUUUUUGAUGCCAGAGUGUCUUGCCCAAGGGUGGAGGGUCCUUACGUGGUGCCUUGUGCCUGAACUUCUUUUGCCAGGAAUAGAUCUCUUUGUUAACACACAUCUUUUGCUGCCACCUUGUAUCAUUCCAGUUCCCUUUAGGGCUUGAGAGAGAAGGGUACACACAUCUUUCAAAAUUGAAACUUUAAAAGCUCUGGUAGGCACAGAUGGGAAAAGCUUCCUAUGCUCUGUAUUUCUCUGCAGCAAUAAAAAUCAAAAGUAA